AUGAACCUCAUGGAGAAGUUUCCCAAACUGAUGGACAUACUGCUCAAGUAUGGCCACACGCUGGGCUACGGCGUGUUGACAGGGCUGACAGCAGGCGGGGAGCUCAUCUUCUCAACCACAGUGUUCAAGUGCCCCUGCCACCCCACCUGGAACCUGCCCUAUGGCCUGGUCUUCCUGCUGGUGCCUGCGCUGGCGCUUUUCCUCUUGGGCUACUGGAUGAGCACACGAGCCAGGCUCCUGAUGACCGGUUGCUGCCAGCGGGCCAACAGCCAAGGUUGCUGCCUGUGGGUCAACAACCAAGGUUGUUGCACCCUUUGUUGUCAGUGCUGUGAUAACUUCCUGAAGAUGAGCACUGUCUCCAUUGUCGCGCCCCUCACCUGGGUGGCUGUGGCGCUGCUAGGGGGCAACUACUAUGAGUGCUUUGCCAGCGGAAUUCCCUACUUAGCGCGGCGCAUAUGCGUCAGGCACACAAAAAACUGCUCCAUGAUCUUGCCCGAGUUGCCCUGUCUGCGGGACAAAGAGCCGGACCUGCGGGGUCUCCUGAGCAAGCUCCAGGCCCAAUCCCAGGUGGCUGGCUGGGUCCUGAUAGCUGUGGUUAUCAUCCUUCUUAUGAUUAUUUCAUCUUGGAGUACUUGCCAAUCUCCAUUUAGUUUCAUGCAGCUGAAAUUUAGGGACAUUUAUAAGGAGCAGGAGCUUGAGUGCUUUACAAAUGAGGCAAAACGUAUUGCAACUGAGAUGGCAGACAUGAAUGUUAAAUGUUUCUUUGAGGAUUCACAUCCAGGUCACAGAAAACUUCCAACAACUAAAGACUGGCAGCAGAUUUCACAACUAUAUAAUUUCAAAUCAGAGAAGCAAUACUAUACCAUGUUGCACAAGUAUGUGAAUGAAAAAAAAAAGUCAAAAUAUGACUUGAUUGAGGAGGAAGGGUCUAUGGAGACCCCUAUCCAAGCCAUGGGAAUGAAGAACAUUAGGGCCUUCCCUAGUGGCACUAUGGGUUGA